GGGACUUAGAGAGGCUGUGAGAGAUGAAGCGACUGUAACUGUUCAGUAAUGAAUCAGUGUGGAAAGAUGAAGCUCUUACUAAGCAGUCUACUUUUCACCUCUCUCUGUACCCUCUCAUCUUGGAGUGUUUCAUUGAGCACAUUUGUUGUGACCCAGACUGCUGAUGUUUCUGUCAUGGAGGGAGAGACAACAAACAUCACCUGCUGCUGGAAAGAGAAGUUUGAAAGAGUUAGAGUGCAGUGGUUGAAAAAUCAAACAGUUAUUAAGAAUGAGAGCAGCUUCAAUCAUUCUCAAGGGUCUCUGAAACAGGAGGCAAAGAACUGUUCAUCUUUGAAUUUUUCAGAAAUCAGAACAGAGGAUUCAGGAAGAUACAUUUGCAGGGUGACUGUGGAGAUACCAACUUUAACUGUAGCUACAGGAAAUGGGACAGUCAUCACAGUUACAGCCAACCAGGCUAACAACAACAGAAAUGGUCCCAACAGUACUGUGAUAAUCCCCCUGGCUGUAGUGGGUCCUUUGCUUCUUGUCACAGUUGUCUGUUACUGUAUUCUGCAAAGAAAACAAGCACUAACAGCCAGGGUGAUCUACGAAGUUCCACACGUUGACUCUGAGACAGCAGAGAUGGACAAACACAGCACAAAUUCCUCCAGAGGCUCUUCUCAGUGGUGUCAAGUACCUGUGUAUGAAUCCUUCUACUUCGAGCAAGUGGAUCCCAAAGAAAGUGGAUGAGGAUCCACUCCAGCAUUUUCUCAUCUACUUUUUGUCAUGUAUCUUUAGCAUAUAUUCAUUUACUUCAAUUUUAAAAGGCAUCCAAAAAAAAUUCUAUUGUUGUAAAUAUGUAUAUAUUUUUCUAUAAAUUAUGU